UAGGUCCGCGCUGGCCGAGAUGACGCCGAGCCCCGCGCUGGUGCUGCUGCCGCCGCUGCUGCUCCUGCUGGGGGCCCUGCCGCCGGCCGCCGCCGCCCGAGGCCCCCCGAGGAUGGCGGACAAGGUGGUCCCACGGCAGGUGGCCCGGCUGGGCCGCACCGUUCGGCUGCAGUGCCCCGUGGAAGGGGACCCACCUCCCCUGACCAUGUGGACCAAGGACGGCCGGACCAUCCACGGUGGCUGGAGCCGCUUCCGCGUGCUGCCCCAGGGGCUGAAGGUGAAGGCGGUGGAGCGCGAGGAUGCAGGCGCCUACGUGUGCAAGGCCACCAACGGCUUCGGCAGCCUCGCCGUCAACUACACCCUCAUCGUGAUGGACGACACCAGCCCAGGGAGGGAGAGCCCGGGGCACGAAGGCUCUUCUGGGGGCCAGGAAGACCCAGGCAGCAAGCAGUGGGCGCGGCCCCGCUUCACGCAGCCCUCUAAGAUGAGGCGCCGCGUGAUCGCGCGGCCGGUGGGCAGCUCCGUGCGGCUCAAGUGCGUGGCCAGCGGGCACCCACGGCCCGACAUCAUGUGGAUGAAGGAUGACCAGGCCUUGACGCGCCCAGAGGCCGGCGAGCACAGGAAGAAGAAGUGGACGCUGAGCCUGAAGAACCUGCGCCCCGAGGACAGCGGCAAGUACACGUGCCGCGUGUCGAACCGCGCGGGCGCCAUCAACGCCACCUACAAGGUGGACGUGAUCCAGCGGACGCGCUCCAAGCCCGUCCUCACGGGCACGCACCCUGUGAACACGACGGUGGACUUCGGGGGCACGACAUCCUUCCAGUGCAAAGUGCGCAGCGACGUGAAGCCCGUGAUCCAGUGGCUGAAGCGCGUGGAGUACGGCGCCGAGGGCCGCUACAACGCCACCAUCGACGUGGGCGGCCAGAAGUUCGUGGUGCUGCCCACGGGCGACGUGUGGUCGCGGCCCGACGGCUCCUACCUCAACAAGCUGCUCAUCACGCGCGCGCGCCAGGACGACGCGGGCAUGUACAUCUGCCUGGGAGCCAACACCAUGGGCUACAGCUUCCGCAGCGCCUUCCUGACGGUGCUGCCGGACCCGAAGCCGCCUGGGCCGCCCGUGGCCCCCUCGUCCUCGACCGCCAGCCUGCCGUGGCCGGUGGUCAUCGGCAUCCCGGCCGGCGCCGUCUUCAUCCUGGGCACCGUGCUCCUGUGGCUCUGCCAGACCAAGAAGAAGCCGUGCGCGCCCGCGCCCGCGCAGCGCCCGCCCGCGCCGGCCCGCGACCGCGGCGACAAGGACCUGCCCGCCCCCAGCGCCCUGGGCGCCGGCCCCGCGGCGGGGCUGUGUGAGGACCUCGGGCCCCCGGCGGCCCCCCAGCACCUGCUGGGCGCCGCCUCAGCCGCUGGCCCCAAGCUUUACCCCAGACUCUACCCGGACACGCACGCGCACGCGCACACCCACGCGCACACCCACACGCACACGCACGCGGACGGCAGGGCCCACCAGCAGCACGUGCACUGCCAGUGCUAGGCCGCCCCGCCGGCCGCGGGCAGGGGCCGCGGUGGGGGACCGGCCGCGCGGGAGAGGCGCCCCAUGUGAGCCGUACAGACGCGUGCAUGACACACCUCUGGACACACACACACACCAUUACACACACACACUCAGACGAAGUAGCCUUUGGGAAGGUCCGCGUGGUAACUUUGCAGUGUGCGUGCAGCGACGGGCUAGCUCAUGAAGGAAUCCCUUGGCCCUAUGAGAGGAUUUCACGGGGGCCGUGGUCACCCCCCCACCCCGGCCUGGCAGGAGAUCUGAGAGGCACCCUGGCUUUGCAAACCAAAAACUCCGACCCCUUCCCUACGCCUGCCAGGCUGUGUUCCCGCCGGGGCUAUUUUUGCCGCCACCUGUCCUGGGUGUCCAGGGGUCCACCAGUGCCCUGGGCAGGGGAGUCGGGCGGAGCAGUCCUGGGCCCUGUCCUGAGAAGCUGCAGUCGGCGAGUCGGCUGGGGCUGCAUCCCUUCCCACCCGGCCUCCUACUGCCAGAGAGAAGGGGCCCUUUGAUAUUUAUUUUUAAGAAAUUAAGAUAAUAAUAUUAAUAAUGAUGAAAGGAGGGCUGGGCCACAGAGACUUGGCCUCUCCUGGGGCCCAGGACCCACCUGGCCUUGUGGCCACGCUGCAUGUCCACCUCGGGACCGGGCACCCAUCACCGCACGACGCGUGGCGGCCCCAGACCUCUGUAAUUUUAUAUAGAGUUUGAGCUGAAGCUUCGUAUAUUUAAUUUAUUUUGUUAAACAAGAAAAUGUGCAUCCUUUUCCUCUAA